AUGUAAAAUUUUUUCAAUUAUUGUGAUUAAUGUUCAAAGAAACUAGGAACACUUUUCAGUUCUCAUUGUUAAGCUAGACUUUGCUAUAGUUGUGAUGGAGAAUUUCAUAAUUAGAAUCCAAAUCACAAGACAGAAAUAUACUCAAUUAAUCUGUUUUAUAAUUUAUAAUAAGAAAUGAGAUAAAUAACUUAUAUUCAUCAAUUGAAGCAGGAGAUUCUUAGUUUCUAAAAUAAUCUCCAUAACAAUAUUUUGAAAUGGCUUACUAGGAAAGAUAAUAAUAAUGUUAACAGGAAGAAAUAGCAAAAUUAAGCUUAGAAAUAAUACAAUUUGAAUACAUUUUGACUUAACAGGAAAGCAAAUGGAGGAAAAAAAUUGAAAUACUAGGAGAAGAUUAUGAAGAAAAAAUUUCGAAUUUUGAACUUAAGGUUAAGAAAACUGAGAGCACAAUUUCAGGAAUAAAAAAUAAUCUAAAUAAGAAGAUUAAUUAGUGAAAUGAUGAAAUAAUUACAAGAAUAGCUGGAGGGACAAAAGAAGUAUUAUUAAAAUCUACAAUUGAUAUUUAAUUAAUCUAAAAAGUCUAUCAAUAAAAAGAGUAACUGAACGAUAAAGAAAAAUUAUUACAAAAAUUUGAAAUACAAGAGAAGGAUUUAUCUGCAGAGAUAAAUAAAAAGAGAUUUUUAUAGGGGGAAAUUUAAAGAGUUAAUCUAAUAGCAGUAGAAAGAAAAAGAUUUGAUAUUACAUGA